GAAAAGCUGGAGUUGGGAAGAGACUCCAAGACUUAUUCCCAGGCCUGGUAACCGUACACUGUGUGGCACAUCGACUCAAUCUGGCAGUGUCAGACUGCAUUAAGGGGCAGAGGGCAGUUCAAUACCUCACCAAAUAUGCCAGGACUGUUGGAACCAUCUUCUGGUUCUACCAGGCCUCUAGUAAUAGGACCAGCAGUCUCAAGGACAUGGAGAGGCUUUUUGAAAUCCCCCAAAUCAAACUGCAGGGAGGAAAUGCUACAAGAUGGGAAUCGAAUAAGGAGGCAACAGAUGUGAUGCGCCGAAUUCUGCCUGCUCUCAUCGCGGACCUCUCACUCCAAGCCCGGAAUGAGCCAACCGCAGAAGGACUGUACAACUUUGUAAAGGACAAGUUCUUCCCCCCUGCCCUCUGUCUAAUGCAACUUGUGCAUGAAAAGAUCCACCGGCAGUUUUUGGUUUUUCAAAAGAGAAACCUUUUUUUCUCUCAGGUGGAGCAGGAGGUCACAGUGCUGAAAGCAUCACUGGCACAGCUGAUGGAGAGCAACAUGGUCAAAGACCGCUGGCAGGCAUGGCUGCAGUCUGAUGUGAUGGUGCCAUUUCUAACUGCACUGACUGAGAACAUUGACAACAGAUUCCCAAACACUGGCAGUUUGUCCGUCUUCAGUGUGUUUUCUCCCAGACAAAUUUUGGCAAACUUAGGUGCAGAGUAUGGGGAUGCUGAGAUGAGGACACUGGCUGAGCAGUUUCCAAGACUGAGGGAGUGUGACCUCUUGUCUGAGUGGAGCUCAUACAGACUGAGAGUGGGGAGUCCUGAUCUGAAGACCAAGUCUCUGGAAGAGGUGCUUCUGUGGCUUGUGUCUGCAGAAUCUACUGAGCUGUACCCCACCCUGAGCCUUGCAGCUGCUAUCGCCCUCACAGCCCCUGUCCAGACUGCAGAUGUGGAGAGGCUCUUCUCUGCACUCAAAAUUGUAAAGACACCUUUGUGCAACAGACUGAAGGAGAGGCACUUGGAUGUCUGUUGCAAGGUGGCCAUCGAUGGACCAGACCAGGAGGCCUUGGACUACCAGGAGUGCAUGAGGAGGUUCUAUAAGAUGAAAAAUAGAAGGCUGAAAUGUUCUCUGUCUGGUUGUGAGAUGUGUAGAUAAAUCCCCCACAACUUAGAGCACAUUCAGUUUAAAGUAGGAACCUUAUUUUUGUAUGUAUAUCGUUUAAUAAAUGAAUGCUUUAACAUGA